GGCGGCAGUGGAGAGCGCCGCGGAGAGCCGAGCGAGCGGGCGGGCGGGCGAGCGAGGGAGCGAGCGAGUGCGGCCGCCACAAAGCUCGGGCGCCGCGGGGUCUGCGCGCGGCGUAGCUGGCCCCGCGCGGCGACUCCUUUCCAUGCUGGCUGGGCCCGGCCGCGAGCCCCGGGCGCCCCGAGGCCGCGGCUUUCCUGCGCGCUCCGAGCGUUCGCAAGUUGCGAGCAAAGUUUGCUGGAGGGAACGCCAAGCCUGAGUCCUUUCUUCCUCUCGCUCCCCAAAUCCAAGCGCAGCCUGCGGGCGUCAUGCCCGCGCGCCUCCGCAACCUGGGGUGCGCGUGAAGCCUCGGACCUUGGCGCCGGCGAGGACCCAAGGACCACUUUUUGGGGGGAGCUCGUCGUUUGCUCCGUCCCGACCCACGCCGGACGCGGGGACAGAGCCGGUCGCCGGGGAUCGUUGCCAUUCAAGUGGCUGCAGGGCCAGCAGAGGCUGUCACAGCACCUCGGUUCCCGAGCCCACCGCCGGCUGAAGGCAUUGCUGCAGGCAGUCCAUGCUCAUAGAGGAAGUGUGCAGAUGGGAUUAACGUCCACAUGGAGAUAUGGAAGAGGACGGGGGAUUGGCACCGUAACCAUGGUCAGCUGGGGGCGCUUCGUCGGCCUGGUUGUGGUCACCAUGGCAACCUUGUCCCUGGCCCGGCCCUCCUUCAAUUUAGUUGAGGAUACCACGGUGGAGCCGGAAGAGCCAUCAACCAAAUACCAAAUUUCCCAACCAGAAGUUUACGUGGCUGCGCCCCGGGAAUCGCUAGAGUUGCGCUGCCUGUUGCGAGAUGCCGCCACGAUCAGUUGGACUAAGGAUGGGGUACACUUGGGGCCCAACAAUAGGACAGUGCUAAUUGGGGAGUACUUGCAGAUAAAAGGUGCCACGCCUAGAGACUCCGGCCUCUAUGCUUGUACGGCUGCUAGAAAGGUAGACAGUGAGACUGUCUACUUCAUGGUCAAUGUCACAGAUGCCAUCUCAUCCGGAGAUGAUGAGGACGACACAGAUGGCUCGGAGGAUUUUGUCAGUGAGAACAGUAACAGCAAGAGAGCACCGUAUUGGACCAACACAGAAAAGAUGGAAAAACGGCUGCACGCCGUCCCAGCAGCCAACACUGUCAAGUUCCGCUGUCCAGCUGGGGGGAAUCCAACACCAACGAUGAGGUGGCUGAAAAACGGGAAGGAAUUUAAGCAGGAACAUCGCAUUGGAGGCUAUAAGGUACGAAACCAGCAUUGGAGCCUUAUCAUGGAAAGCGUGGUCCCAUCCGACAAAGGAAAUUAUACCUGUGUGGUGGAGAACGAUUACGGGUCCAUCAAUCACACGUACCACCUCGAUGUUGUUGAGCGAUCGCCACACCGGCCCAUCCUCCAGGCCGGACUACCGGCAAACGCCUCUGCUGUGGUCGGAGGCGACGUGGAGUUUGUCUGCAAAGUGUACAGCGACGCCCAGCCCCACAUCCAGUGGAUCAAACACGUGGAGAAGAAUGGCAGUAAAUACGGGCCCGACGGGCUGCCCUACCUCAAGGUUCUGAAGGUUUCUGCUGAGUCCAGCUCCUCCAUGAACUCCAAUACCCCACUGGUGAGGAUUACAACUCGCCUCUCCUCAACGGCAGACACCCCCAUGCUGGCGGGGGUCUCCGAGUACGAGCUGCCAGAAGAUCCAAAAUGGGAGUUUCCAAGAGAUAAGCUGACGCUGGGCAAACCCCUGGGAGAAGGUUGCUUUGGGCAAGUGGUCAUGGCUGAAGCAGUGGGAAUUGACAAAGAGAAGCCCAAGGAAGCAGUCACUGUGGCCGUGAAGAUGUUGAAAGAUGAUGCCACAGAGAAGGACCUUUCUGAUCUGGUGUCAGAGAUGGAGAUGAUGAAGAUGAUUGGGAAACACAAAAAUAUCAUAAAUCUCCUCGGAGCCUGUACUCAGGAUGGGCCGCUCUAUGUCAUAGUCGAAUACGCCUCAAAGGGCAACCUCCGGGAAUACCUCCGUGCCCGGAGGCCGCCCGGGAUGGAGUACUCCUAUGACAUCACGCGCGUUCCCGAGGAGCAGAUGACCUUCAAGGACUUGGUGUCAUGCACCUACCAGCUGGCCCGGGGCAUGGAGUACUUGGCUUCUCAAAAAUGCAUUCAUCGAGAUUUAGCUGCCAGAAAUGUUUUGGUAACAGAAAACAAUGUGAUGAAAAUAGCUGACUUUGGACUGGCCAGAGAUAUCAACAAUAUAGACUACUACAAAAAGACCACAAAUGGCCGACUUCCAGUCAAGUGGAUGGCUCCCGAAGCCCUUUUCGAUAGAGUGUACACCCAUCAGAGUGAUGUCUGGUCCUUCGGGGUGUUAAUGUGGGAGAUCUUCACUUUAGGGGGCUCGCCCUACCCAGGGAUUCCCGUGGAGGAACUUUUUAAGCUGCUUAAGGAAGGGCACAGGAUGGAUAAGCCGGCAAACUGCACCAAUGAACUGUAUAUGAUGAUGAGAGACUGUUGGCAUGCGGUGCCCUCACAGAGACCCACCUUCAAGCAGUUGGUAGAAGACUUGGAUCGAAUUCUCACACUCACAACCAAUGAGGAAUACUUGGACCUCAGUCAGCCUCUUGAACAGUAUUCACCUAGUUACCCUGACACAAGGAGUUCUUGCUCUUCGGGAGAUGAUUCUGUUUUCUCUCCGGACCCCAUGCCUUACGAACCCUGCCUUCCUCAGUAUCCACAUAGAAACGGCAGUGUUAAAACAUGAAUGGGCUUGUCCCCCAUCCGCAAACAGGGCGGCACCAGGAACCUAGCUGUACUGAGCAGGGAGGCCCUGCCUCUGGGAGCCUGUUGUCUUGGCUUGUGUGUGUAUAUGCAUCAGAGGAGUAAAUAAUUGGAAAAGUAAUCAGCACACGUGUAAAGAAUUUGUAAUCUUCACCAGGAGAAGGAGAAUGUUUCCGGGGCAAUGGACUGCCAUGGGCCAUCACGUGCUGAUGACCCACUGUGGGUACUGGCUGUGGACCAGCCAGACUCAAGGCAAACAUGCAUUCUGCAUUUCUUGUGAAUUUUGUAAUAAAUGGAGAAAAUAUAUGUCAGCACAUACUUAUAGAGCACAAUUGCAGUAUAUAGGUGCUGGAUGUAUGUAAAUAUAUUCAAAUUAUGUAUAAAUAUAUAUUAUAUAUUUACAAGGAAUUAUUUUUUGUAUUGAUUUUAAAUGGAUGUCCCAAGGCACCUAGAGAAUUGGUCUCUCUCUCCCUCUUUUUUUUUUAAAUAGCUAUUUGCUAAAUGCUGUUCUUACACAGAAUUUCUUAAUUUUCACCGAGCAGAGGUGGAAAAAUACUUUUGCUUUCAGGGAAAAUGGUGUAACAUUAAUUUAUUAAUGGAUUGGUAAUAUACAAAACAAUUGUUUAUAGUUUUUUUUUUGUUUUGAGGGCUUUUUUUUGUAAUUUAAGUGGCAUUUCUAUGCCGGCAGCGCAUCAGACUAGCUAACCUCUUGCUUGGACUUAACUAGUUAUCAGAUCCUUUGAAAAGAGAAAUAUUUACAAACUAGGACUGAUUUGGGGAAAAUGAAGUUUUGAUUUAUUUGUGUUUCAACUCUGCUGUCAGAUGAUUGUUCUUAAACCACCUAAAUGCCCAUGUUAAAAAGAACUCGUUAAUAAGAAGGCGUUUUGUUUUGGUGCAGCUCUGUCAUUGCGCCCAUAAACGUUUAACUGGGCUCCCCAAGACAAAUGGUACCACCGUUCUCUUAAAAAGAUGCCUUAGUCCAUUCCUCAAGGAGGGCCCUUCAUUGAGAUGCUAGCAGAGUGUUCUGCUCUCCGGCAGCUGGCCUUCUGCCCCUGAGUUGCACGUUGAUCAGAUUAGCCUGUAUUCUUCGGCGAAUCUUCAUAAUGGCUUCCAGAUUCAUUGGCGACAGAGAAGCCUUUUAGAAUCUUCAUGUCCCAUCGAAGAAAAUGGAAACACCAAGUUGUUCUGCUGAUAGUUUGGGGGAUCCUUCCACCUUUUUAAGGAAUUGCUUCCGCCUAGCAGGACCUCACCAAAAGAAUCCCGCGUAAUGCCAACAUCAGAAUACUGCCACGCUGUCCAUUCUGUAUGAAAGUGCUGUGUUUUGCUUUCAGAACACCUACUCACUCUGCUGUAGCCAUGCAGCAUGAAUGGAGAUGACACUGAUUUUUAACGUGCUAUGAAAUUGGAGAAAGUAUUUAAUAAAGCCUGUUAAUUUUUAUACUGACAAUAAAAAUGUUUCUACAGAUAAUAAUGUUAACAAGACAAAAUAAAUGUCACGCAGCUUAUUUUUUUAAUA